GGAAGACUUUUCUGAUGCUCGCGUGCAACACUAAAAAUGAGACACUGGCCUUUUUAAACAAAAGUGGAAUUUAUCAGCACGUUGCAAGGGCCGGAUCAUCUUGUAUCUGAAGCAGGAUGCAGGACAACGCUGAGCAGCAGCCGUCCCUGUCCCAGAUGCUGAGGGAGAGUUACCUUGCCGAGGCUCGAGCCCAACAACGCCACAGCGAAAUGAGCCGCUCUGACGCCUCCUCCUCUCGCCUUCAGAUCUACGGCUCUCUCAAAGGAAAAGCAGAGGACUCAGUGGGCCACACGGACCAGCACUUUCCUGACCUGUCUGCCUUCCUCAGUCAAGAGGAGCUGGACAAGAGUGUCAAUCUGGCCCGCCAAGCCAUUGGACAUGAGUCGCGAGACGAGAGGGCAGAGGUCAAAGCUCACUCUGAAAUAUGCUCGGCCUCAGUUACGUAUCCUCCAACUUCCGCUGACUCUUUCACUAACUCUCCCUCAUUAACUGUCCCUUCUAAUCCAAACCAAACCAAUGCUAUCACUCAGCCUGUCUCUGAAUUCAGAGAAACGCCACACGCAACAUAUGCAUCGGACAGAAAGAUGCACAAGUCCUCUUCACGACAAGACAAUGUCAGGAACACUAGGGACUCAGGAGACGCCUACAAUGACUUUAACAGGUCAUCGCGUAGCACCCCAUAUGGACUUGAGACCCAGUCAAAAAAAGAGUUUCUCAACAAAGCAGCAGACUUCAUAGAGGAACUCUCCUCUCUGUUCAAGGCAAACAGCUCAAAGAGGGUUCGACCAAGAUCAUGUAAAACCCACAGGGGUAGGAAUCAAAACAAGAGCCAAGCUGAUGGGAUGGUUCUUCCUAUAGCCUGUGACGAUAGAGAGCGCAGUGUGAUAGCUCCAGACAUCGACAAAGACAGACCUGGACCUGUGGACGAUCAAGAAGCUGAGGUCCAGCCCGACUCCAGGACUGAGGAGUUUGAGGAGUGUGUUUCUGAGGAGCAGGACUUUGGCACUGUGCCCUCCGAAGAGACAGAGGCAGAGAGCACAGCUCUGACAGAGGGCUCGUUUCCAGUGGACACAGUGUGUGAACCUCCAAGGUUCAUCCAAAAACUGAAAAGUCGAGAGGUCUCUGAAGGCAGCAAAGUCCAACUGGAUUGUAUUGUCCAAGGACAGCCGGUUCCUGAAGUACGGUGGUUUUGUGAAGGAAAGGAGCUGGAAAACUGUCCUGACAUUCAAAUCAUUACAAAUGGAGAGCAUCACUCUCUGAUCAUUGCGGAGGCAUUUGAAGAAGACACAGGGCGUUACUCCUGCUUUGCAUCAAACUUCUAUGGAACAGACUCAACAUCAGCAGAAAUAUAUGUUGAAGGUGCAUCCUCCUCAGAUUCAGAAGAUCAGCGCCUCGAACGAACAGCACAGCAACAGUGGAAACAAAAAUCCCCAUCGUCUCUGCCUAAAUCGGAUCAAUGUCUUUCUACUAAAGAUGAGCCUAAAGCAGAUUCUCCUGAAGAAGUAGAACCAACAGAGGAGCUGACUCUGGCCCCUUCAAACCCCCUCGUUGCAGAUCCACCUGUAUCUGCCCCAGAGCCUCUGUCCUCUGCCCCAGAGUCUCUCACCUCAGAACCAGAGCCUCUGUCCUCUGCUCCAGAGGAGAUUGCUGUGUCCUCCAUAACACUGCCUGCUCUAACACCCGCCCAACAACUCUUUAAACCAGCAGAGGCAGAACCACAAGAAGUCUUAGCCCCCGUCCAACUCCAACUGACACCACAAGUUCUGCCCUCAAACUCAGUGGUCUCAUCUGUGCUCACUGUCCCAGCUCCACCAUCCACACAAGCUGUGCAAGCUGAGAUUCAAAUCUUCAACCAUAGCAUAAAGCAGGAUUUGAAUGGACAACAAGUUAUGGCGGCACCAGUAUUCACAAAGAGACUGCAGGACCUGGACGCCUCAGAGGGCCAGCUGGUGGUGCUAGAGUGCCGCAUCAAAGGCACCCCCUCCCCCAGAGUGGAGUGGUACCAGGACGGCAAACUCAUCCAGGACUCUCCGGAAUUCAGAAUCCUACAGAAAAAGCCCAGAUCUCCAGCUGAAUCAGAGGAAAUUUGUACUUUAGUGAUUGCUGAAGUCUUUCCCGAGGAUUCGGGGACAUUCAGAUGCACAGCAAGCAACAACUAUGGGUCUGUGUCUAGUACAGCUGAACUCAAGAUCAAAGGAAAUGCCAACCACACAAAUCACGUGAGGUCCUCCAGUAUUUUGAGUGUGGAUCCCAGUCCAACACAACAAGUCCCUGUAGAUCUGACCCCCCCAAAGCCACAGCUGGAGCCCACAGUGACCAGCAGCAUCAAGGCCCACUCUAGCACCAUUCGCCUGGACCCGCUCAUCUCCAGCUCUGUGCGCUUGGACCCUCUCAACACCAGCACUCUUAGACUCGAUCCACAAACCUCCAGUAUGCUAAGGCCGGACCCCCUUCGCAACAGCCUGCCAACUUUAGAACCAUCUAAUGUGAAUAACAGUAACUACUUCAGUUUGAAAAGUAGCAGCACGCCAAAUCUGGAUCCAAAACACGUCAACCAAGAUGUGUCAAUUUCAAGUCUUCCUCAGACAGAAACACACAGCAUUUCACCGGGAUUAUUUCUCAAACCAAUUUUAUCUCAACCAGCUGUAAAAGAAAAGGAAAAUCUGCCCACAUAUCCAGACUCGAUGCCAACAAUAAACAACAAGGUGUCUUCUAACCAUCAGAACGGAACGCCAGUGGUUGUGCCUCUUCCCGACCCUCCUCCAAACUCCUGUCUAAAAACAGGGACGCUAAAGAAGUCCAGACACCAGAGAAGCAGGUCCAGGCGAGUGCACUUUAAACUGCCAGAGGACGAGGAGCAAAGCGAACCAGCCAGUCAGUCCGAAUCAGAAGACAACUCACAUCUGAAUAAAGAGCCACCUCCAGUCCUUGCCAAACCGAAACUGGACCCGGCACAGCUCCAACUCCUGCACAAUCAAGUCCUUCUUGAGCAGCAGCAGGACAGCGACUCCUCUGCCCAGACAGAGACCCCCACACAAGCCCACCAACCCGUACAAGUCCAAAUCCAGCCUGAGGUCCAAACCCAAGAGAAUCCAAUAUGGUCGCCCAGAAUGCAGCGUGAACCCCAUCCGCCUCCGUUCCACCCCUAUGUCAGCACUGUGAUACCUCCACCCCAAACGCAGCCCCCCGCAGCUCCCUUCAUAACCACAACUGUCACCUCUACAGCCUAUGUCAACACUGCGCCAGCUCCACGCCCGCCUCCUGUGUCCGCACCUCUGAUCACGUCCACAAUGACUUCUCCAAACGUCAACACCACCUUCUCACCUCCUGUUAUCACUUCACCUCCUCCACCGUCGUUCUCUGCUCCUCCCAUCCCUCAGUUCAAAUCUCCCGCUCCGGUAAUGACGUCUCCUCCACCGGCUCCGCAGCUAAGCACCCUGCCUCCAACUCUUAGCACAGCCCCUGUUACUCAAAUGAACACCAUCCAUGCGUCUCACCUCAACCUGUCUCCCGCUGCUUUAGGUAGGACAGCGCCCGUACCUCAGUUUUUCACCCCUCCUGCUCCUAAACUUAGCACUGCCCCGACUGAUCCUACAAUAAGUUUGCAGCAGGUUACAUCUCCAGCGACGCUUCUGAGAACUACCCACGCUUCCCUUAUGAAUCUCAGCGCCACUUCACAGACUUUUAACUACGCCAGGCCUAAAGAGUUUAUUACAGCGCAAAGUUUUUCACCAGUUAGAAGUCCAUCCCCAACCGAGUCCCCCGUCCCACUGCUUCAGGAGCUGGCUGCUGAGUUCAACUCUUCAAACACUAGCUCUCCAACUAUCCCUCCUUUCUCUCCUCCUCCGAGAAUCUUCCCAACCAGGGUGCUGCAGUCCCCCACCAGCCCACCCUCUCUGGUGUCUUCUCCUACCCCGGGCUCAAUGCUCCUGAACAGUGUUUUCGGAUUGAGGGCACAGUCGCCUCCACAAGCGGCCUCUCCGACGUCAAGCAGCUCCACCCCAAGUCCCAUUCAAAACCCAGUGGCCUUCCUCAGCUCUGUCCUGCCUUCACUGAGCUCAAUAAAGGCCACUAAUGAAAUGGGACUGCCGAAAAGAGCUCCAAUUGGGCCAAUCAAAAAAACAGCUGCUAAAGCCCGUGCUCCAUCACUUGAAGAAAUUCGUGAAAGCAAAGAGUGUCUCCUCCUGGACAUUGAGAAAAAGCUUAGACUCAAAGACGAUACUCCACAAUAUCAGUAUCAGCAGAAGCCGAGUUUUGAGGGGAAAACAGCGAGCAGACCCCUUGGACCUAUCAAUGCUGCUACUGUCAUUAACUAUGAAGAGGAAUACAAAAUAUCUAAUUUUGAGCAGAGGCUAAUGAGUGAAAUUGAGUUUCGUUUGGAGCGGACUCCAGUGGAGGAGUCUGAUGAUGAGGUGCAGCAUGAUGAUGUCCCAAAAGGAAAGUGCAUCGCCCCCAUUUUCGAUAAAAAGCUCAAAAACUUCAGAGCCAUGGAGGGGGUGCCUGUUACCUUCUCAUGUAAACUAGUGGGAGUCCCUGUCCCAAAGGUUUACUGGUUUAAAGAUGGCAAACAAAUUCUACGGAAAAACAUCCACUACAGAAAGAUAAGGGAAGGAGAUGGGACCUGCGCUCUACACAUCGAGUCUGUGACCAAUGAUGAUGAUGGAAACUACACCAUUAUGGCAGCAAAUCCACAGGGUCGGAUCAGCUGCUCAGGUCAUUUAAUUGUCCAGACUGGACCAGCUCGCAACAGACAGACUCCAGUUAGUGCACAAAGGGUACGUGCUCGUAUUCAGGAGGCGGAGACAGAACAGACUCAGGAGCGCUUCUUUCGGCCUCACUUCCUGCAGGCUCCGGGCGACAUGAUGGCUCAUGAGGGCAAGCUCUGCAGACUGGACUGCAAAGUGAGUGGUCUGCCUAACCCUGAGCUCAUGUGGCUGGUGAACGGGAGGCCCAUUUACCCGGAUCUGUAUCAUAAGAUGCUUGUUCGAGAAAAUGGUGUGCACUCUCUCGUGAUUGACCCUCUGACACAAAAAGACGCUGGGACGUACACCUGCAUCGCCAGUAACAAAGCCGGACAGAGCUCCUUCAGUUUGGAGCUAAGUGUAGUUGAAAAAGAAAUGAAACACCCUCCUCAGUUUGUUGAGAAGCUGCAGAACAUGGGGAUCCCAGAAGGAACACCGGUCCGACUCGAGUGUCGCGUAGUGGGCAUGCCUUCACCUGUCAUUUUCUGGAAGAAAGACAACGAAACCAUUCCCAGAACUAGAGAGAGGAUAAGUAUGCAUCAGGAUGUUACAGGAUACGUGUGUCUCCUUAUUCAGCCCACAACUAAAGAGGAUGCUGGUUGGUACACUGUGUCGGCAAAGAACGAGGCUGGGAUUGUGUCUUGCACCUGUCGGCUCGAUAUUUAUGCUCAGUGGCAUCAGAGUGUUCCGGCUCCCAUGAAGAAGACCCCGCGAACAGGAAGUCGGUACGCUGCGCUAACGGGACAGGGACUGGACAUAAAAUCGGCCUUCGGUGCACCUGACACCAGUCCCUAUCUGUUCGCCAGCUCCCCUCCGGAAGCGAUCAUGGAGAGCGACGAGCUGUGAGAGAAAAAACUGUCACUAAACAAACCAAAAACUGCCAAUAACUUAACUUCACUCUUCUUUCUGUUCGGACACUUAACUCCUCGGCCUAAUACAAACUUCUCCUUCUGACUCUGUGGUAGAUUUGCACUUUUCCGCAUCAUAUGAAAAAAGGAUGUUUAACAGCACUUUUGUUCGAUAAUUUCACUACCUAAUUUUACUUUCUGUAAUCACCCAGCACUAACCCACAGCACUGACAUAAACACUGCUCGCCUUAUUUGACGUCACACCUUUUUAAGUUUUUGCAUAGUAUGGAAGAUAAUGUGUUCAUUUUAAAUACUGCUGAAUUUCUCACUUUGAAUUUUUUUUUAUCGGAAAAAAAUAUUAUUUUUAUUCAGAAUUUUAGUUGCUGAAAUAUUAAGUAUACUUUUUCAAUAUGUUUCAGUUUCAAAAUAAAAAAUUCACCAGAUAUUUUCAAGCCCUCAAAUUCAAAAGUCAAAAUUCAGAGUGUAAAAUUUUCAGUGAAAAAUUUCACAACACAGAUCCAAGAUGCCAAGGCAGAAGUAAUUAAUCCUGUGAGUGAGGAGGACAGAGGCUGUUUCCUAUUGGUCAUUCUCAUCGUUCACUUUGGAUCGAUUGCUUCGCCCUUGGCAUCUUGGAUCUUUCCUGCGAUUUUUUUUUCACUACGAAUUUUACACUACACGAAUUUGACAGUUUGAAAAUAUUUGUGCGGUAUAUUUAAAAGGUGAAAUUUUUAUUUUGAAUUUUAAACACUUUGGAAAUGUACACUUAAAAUUUCAGCAACUAAAAUUCUGAAUAAAAAUAAUUCAAACAUGUUUUUUUCAGAGUUAAAAAUUUCAAAGUGAGAAAUUCAAAGGCAUUUAAAAUUCAGAAUCUGAUGAAACAAAUUAUCUUCCAUACAUAGCCACUAAAAAUCUCUUUGAUUUUGACCUUUUUGUUUUUAAUUAGAAAAUAUUACCUCACGUUAUUGUGACCUCAACACUAUGAAACAGAACUCACAAUAGUAACAUUUAAAAAUAUAUUUUAAUACAAAAGAAAAUGCUUAAUACACAAUAACAUUUUUUAUGUAAUUUUUAACACAAAAUGUUAGUAUUUUUUUACAUAUAUAUUAUCAUGUGAUCUUAUAAUAAUUCUGAUAUGGAUCAAAAUCAUAUCAAACUAUUCAUGAAAGGUCAAAAUUUGUCCUAUUUAAGUGUUAUUUUUUUAAGUAUUGAUACUUCAUGUCAGUAUCUUUUCAAUAUUAGUUUGCAUAUCACUGAGUAUUGUAUUUUUUGAACAGUACCACUGAAGACAAAACAUAAAGACAAUAUAAUAUACAAGAUAUCAUUAUUAUUUAACCCAUGACAAUGAUUUCAGUUCAUUGUUCUUGGUGCUUGACUCAAGUGAAUAAUCCCAGGUUAGUCACCAUUCCACUUUAACUCAAAUGUACAGAAAACAGCAAAAAGUGACAGAUUUCAAAGUCUUAGCUCAUGAGCCAUCAGAGGACAUUUUUAUUUUUAUUCUGUUGCAAUUUUGUAUAUUAUAUGAAAUUUAGAUUUAUGUAGUCUUCGUUUGAGUUUGUAAUAAUUAAUCUAAAACAAAGAAUAAAAUGUAUAAAUAAUAAAAAUAAAUUAUAGUUUAAUGUUUAUGGAAAGCUUACGUUUACAGGAUAUAUCAGUUUCAGUGAAGGAGAUUGGAGAUCACAUUUUUGCACCAGAGUAAUUUUGUAUGCAUGGCAAACUGCUGAUAAAAGAAAUAUUUCUUGGCUUUCUACUGUCUGUUAUUAUUAUAUUCACAUUUGAAGAAUUUCCCCUGAACUGGAUUUAAAGUUUGGGAUUUAUUAGUCAUUUUUUGACUAAAAUAUUUAUGUUUUUCAGAGAUUUUAGUUUAGAUUUUGAAUAAAUUCAUUUUGAGCUGCGUGAAUGUAGUUUGAAAGCACAUAUGUAAAG